UCUCGGAGUGUGGUGCAGGCGCCCCGAUCGACCGUCAGUCAGCAGCUCGAUCGCGACAAAAGCAAUAUGCAACUUGACUUCGCCACGGAGCUGACUCACGCUCAGAUGUCCUAGCCUUCACUACACUCACCGACGUCCACCAUGGCCUCGCCGGAGGACACGCCCGUCGGACGACGGCUACGGCUCGGUGGGGUCGGCAAGUCCUCCGUCUCGACUCAGCUCGCGCUCUCCCUUCGUGCCUCUUCACCUACCGCCCGCGUCGGGAUACUCGAUGUCGACCUCACGGGACCAUCUAUUCCGCGGAUGCUCGGCCUGGACGGACACUCGGUGCACCAGAGCAGCGACGGAUGGGUGCCAGUCUACGCGGACGGCAGUGAGGCGCGGCUGGCGUGCAUGAGCGUAGGCUUCCUGCUCAAGCGGAAAGAAGAUUCGGUGGUGUGGCGGGGCCCGAAGAAGAACGCGAUGAUCCGCCAGUUUCUGAGCGACGUGCGGUGGGGGGAGCUCGACUACCUGGUGAUUGACACGCCGCCAGGCACGUCCGACGAGCAUCUGUCGCUUGUCGAGCACAUGGCCCCUGUCCGCCAGCGCAUCUCUGCGGUCAUCGUGACGACCCCGCAGGCCGUCGCGCUUCUGGACGCGAUGAAGUGCCUCUCCUUCACACGCGCGACCUCCAUCCCUGUCCUCGGACUCAUCGAGAAUAUGAGCGGGUACGUCUGUCCGUGUUGCGGCGAGAUCAGCAACGUCUUCUCCACCGGAGGAGGCGAGGAGAUGGCACGGCGUGAAGGGCUGCGAUUUUUGGGCAGCCUCCCCGUCGACACCGAGCUCGUGUCGCUGCUGGACGCCGCGGAUCCGGACGACCAGGCAUCUCAUGCGGUGCUUGCCGAGGGCGGGAGUCAACACUCGUUCCGGCUGCUCGAGCGGUAUGAAAAGACGGCCAUUGUCGAGAAGGCCGUAGGUGGUCUAUCAGCGCUGGAGGGGCGGGAGUGACAUUCAAUAUGUCGCAGCUGUUGUUCUCCCAUCACACUAGGUGUUCUGAUAUGAUGAUGAUGUAUCCUUAGCCAUCUUGCACUGUAUCUCGUCCGGAUGAAGUUCUAGUUUACCUCGCAGCAUCUCUGCGAAUCCCUGCCACUAUUCGGUUUCCCCGGUCCCAACGUCAUUGGUGACGGUGUAGGUUGCGUUGAGCCUCUAUGGAUUUCCGUGGGAAGCAUUGGGAUAAACAGAGGUAAGACACAAGUAAGACGUGUGUCGACGCCAGGGUCUUCCAUGCACA